CGAAGAUCGCGUCUUGGGCAUCCUCGCAUAAAAAACAACAACAAGCGGUUGUCCGAGGUGCUGGUGAACGCGUUUCGUAUCGAGUUUCUCGCCGUUGAACGUACGACCCAAGUGAACGGGUCCAAAGUGGCACGCUAGAAAAAUGUUGGAACGAAGAGCAGGCAGACUCUGAACACCGGUCUCUCUCGUUCUUUCGGUGUUCUUCCUUCCUCACUCGAUGCAGUAAAAUCUUUAGGGUGGGGCGAACAGGCUAAACGUCCGUCUGUCUGUCCGUGACGAGUUCUUUCGCUCCGUUAGUCCGGUUAGUCGGCUGGUGUGUCGUAUCGCGUCGAGGUGCAACGUCGGUGCAGUGUAGUGUUUUUGAUGGAAACAUAACGCGGUGCAUAUACACGCACACGCGCGCGCGCACACAUACACGCGUGUACACGACAGGCAAACAGACAGUGAUUGCGUUGACCGACGAGGAUCGAGAUGUCGUCGGAUAUGAAUCUGAUGGAUUUCCUGUUCCCGCGGGAGGAUGCAUUCUUGAAAGGCGAUAUCAAAGACGAGCCUUUCAUAGAUCAAGCCUAUAACGAUGACGCCAUCGCGGCGGAAGAAUGGCCGACGAACACGGACGACUUCCUCGAGUCGAUCUUCAAAUUAGAGGACAAUCAAUUCGAUUUAAUCGAGAAUGAUUUAGACACGAUUCCGUCCUCCUCUUCCGACAGUGGACUCUCCAGUGCUCUCAGUUUAUCCUGCGAACAACAACUGAGUCCUCUUUUGCCGAUCGAGGAGGAUCAGAUAGAGAUGAGCAACUCCGAGAGCAGCAGUCCUCAGGAUGUCAUGGACUUCGAUCCGUUGGGCAGUUCUAAUCAAUCGAUGAUCAGCGUCGAUAGUCCUGUGAGAUCGAUCGUCGGAUCCAACAUAGGUUCACCGGGUUGUGCCGAAGUUGCCGAAGAGAUGGACGUCGAACACACUCUCGUAGCAGUAGUGAAUCCGAACAACACAUUCACGGAUGGAAGUUUAGUCGUGACGGAGCAACCGGUUGCCGAUAUAGACAAAACACCGAAACAACAAAUCCACGUUGCAUCGCAGGAAAGCAACACGGUAAAUGUUCGUAACAUCGCGUGCAAUGGAAAACGAAAUAUCAGACAGUUGAUUCGUGUUACGCCGAUGGGGUCAGGGAAUCCAAGAUCCAUCCUAUUGCCAGUAACUCUAAAAGACAUGAAGGAAGUGCGAACUAUCAAAAUCAUCAACGCGUCGCAAGCGAGAAACCUGAAGGGAUUCAAGAUCAACCAGGCGAACAUCGUUAACAAACCAGUUCAGAUGACUAUCAAACAAGAAGAUUCCAGCAGCGAAAAGGGAUGCAAUUCGAGCGACGAGAUUUCAGAAACGGAUUCUCCGUAUCCGAGGUUAAAACUGAACGCAGAAGAGAAACGAUUGCUCCAAAAGGAAGGAAUCACGUUGCCCACUCAUUAUCCACUGACAAAGUACGAGGAACGCGAGUUGAAGAGGAUCAGGCGCAAGAUACGCAACAAAAUAUCCGCCCAGGAUUCACGGAAGAGGAAAAAGGAGUACGUGGACGGGCUGGAGGAUCGCGUGAAGCAAUGCACCGAGGAGAACAUGACGUUGUUGAAACGCAUCAAGGCGCUUCAAUUGCAGAAUCAGAGUCUGGCCGGCCAACUGAAACGACUUCAGGCUCUUUUGCAAAAGGGCAACAAGAGUGCCCAACCAGCCACUUGUCUCAUGGUUUUGCUGCUCUCUUUGGCUCUCGUUGCCGUACCGAAUCUGCGACCGCACUCCAAUACCAGCAACGAACUCUCGCAAGAACAGGAACAACCUGAAAAAAUGCCACCGUUAGCGGGGCGUUCCCGAACACUGCUCUACACGAAACAGCUGAUGGACGAGGAGCUGCAGCAAUACAGCGAGGAGUUGCUGCAGGAGGUUGAGGGUCUCCUGGAUCAUGAUUACAGUCCAGCGAUUCAGCCACCCCUCUACAAACGUCCUCGCAUGGACACGGAACCGGCGCCAAAGUGCGUCUCGUCUUCGGAUCACGUUGGCGGAACGCUUCGUGGACGGCAGGAUGUACCUGCGUCGAAAGCAGCUAGGAAGUACAUUGAACCGCCAUUGGAUGACGUUUGGCCACCACCUAAUCCAGGCGGACAGAACACGAAGGUGGUCGACAAGCUCGGAGCGUUAACGAACGAGCUUAAGAUCAACAUUUCCGAUUCCGAGGGCACGAGAACGGUUCUCCUAAAGUUCCCUCAGGAACAAUAGGUCAAUGAUCAUCCCACGAUUUCGUUGGAAAUCAUUGUCACGAUCUUUCUAUAUAAUUUUUAUAACCCUUUGCGAGAUUUAAUAAGAUUUUUAAGGAUGUUCCUUUCAAAACAGCCGAGAAAGAUGGAAAAGUAUCUGGUAUAUUAAAAUACAGUAAUUGCACUGUCCAGCGUAGCGAGUAUAAAUAUCUCGAAUAAUUAGAAUAUUAUUAUCCACUGUUUUGAGCAGCGUAUCUUUCGUUCGUUAUGAAAGAUUUAGCAAGAAAUCGCAAAGAGUUAAUCGUUGGUGAAAGUAAACUUCUUCGAAAAGAGAGUUUGUGUAUUUUCAAACUGAUCUUUCGCACGAACGUUUUAUCCGGUUUACCGAGAAUCCGUUGAGCUAAUGUCUCGUAAUAGUUACCGAGCAUGCUCCGACACCGAUGAGGUUGAACACUUUUAUUCAACAAUUUAUAAGUUUAAGAGUUAAUUUGUUUUUUCUUUUGUAGAAAAAAGUUCAUCUUCACGCGUUCCUCGUUAAGACUCGUAUUCGUCGAUAAAUCGUAUUGCGAGUUUGUUUUUUCACCAACUUUUUCGUCCAUUAGUCACAUGCAUCGUCACCCUUUAGAUCAAUUAUUCUUAGAUCAUUUUUCAAAAUGUUUUUAUCGAUUAAGCGACAUUUAACAUUUAUCUAUUUAUAAGGAGAAUUUAUUACGAGAGUUUUACAGUUAUUAUUGCUGUUGGCGAUGGUAAGAGAUACUUGUAAAUAGUCACGAUACGAAUCGUCAAAAUGACACAGAGAGAGUUAUAUAUAUAUAUAUACAUACAUAUAUAUAUGUAUAUGUAUUAAAAAUAUAUCGUAGCUUUAAUUUAACGAGAUACAAUUUAUAAUUCUGUACUAUUAUACACGAGAGAAGCUAUUUACAAAAGUAUAGUAUACAGAUCGCCAGUAACUCGUUGAUGAAAUCUGUUCAUAAGUACACGCGAAGAAAUGUGUAGUAUACACGGAAGUGCAAUGUAGACUUCUUUGUUAGUCGAAGAAAACAUAGGCUCUCCCUAGAUUUCUUUUGGAUUUGCCUGGAAUCUCCGUGGGUUCCCUCUGAGUUCGCUUUAGGUCCUCUCCCUAGGAUUUCGUUUUAGUAGUUCUCCGAAAUUGUAAAGGCUAAAAUCUCCUCCCACGAUUAUUCUUAGUCGAUGGAAGUCCGCGUUGCACCCGAGUGCGCGUUUCCAUCCUUCGAUACGUGAUAGAUUCCAUUAGUAAACGAAUCAAUUUCGUCGUAUACUUUUUGGGGGGGCUGGGCUAUCGCAGAGUAUAAUUAAUUUAGGAUCAUAUCACGCGAAAUGUUUGCGAGCGAUCCAACGAAAGUGAACCCAUUUUACUAUGACCACGUUCAACCGUAAAACGUAUUUAAGUGAUUACUGCGUGUUGUCGACACCAGAUCCGAAGACUGUAUCAUAUGUUAGUCAUAUAAUAACGUUUUCUUCAAACUCGAUACAUAUUCCUCGCCCCAUCCUUCAUUUUUCGUACAUUUAAGUUAAGUUAAGCGAAUGUCGAAUCUAUUUUUACUUUAUAUACAACAAACGAUGCAUGUUCGUACGCGUCUAUUCAUCGAAUUGUAAAUAAACACACGAAAACAAUCGUAUGCAAUGAGAAAACAUUUCAUUCGUUGUUUAAUAGUUUGUACUUAUGUUAAUCGUAUUAUAAUUAUUUUUUUCUCGACGAAACUUGAGGAAGAAGACAAACGCGCACAGAGACGAACGAACACUCGAGCUAAAUUUCUUUUUCUUCUACGAAAUGGUCAAAUUUUGCGCACUUCGAAACAUUGUCGUUCUUCCAAAAGGGAAUCGUAAAGUGCACGUAGAUGCGAAUGUCGGAAUAUCGACGAUUUUUAUUUAGAUAAGUUCAACGAUACAUUCCUGUUCCAGUAAUGUUUAUUCAAAAAUAGAUCGAUUCUAUUUUUGCACCUAUGUAAAAGGGUUGAAGGUAUUGCACUCUAAAUUUCAUUCACUAUACGUGUAACGACAUUAGGGAAUAAAAGUUACAACUUGAA